UGAAUUCUCUCCAGCGUUUGUUCUUGGGCAUUGUGAUGAAUUCUCUGGUGUUCUUAAAUAUCUUUGGCGUUGUGUAGUAAAUUCUCCGGCAUUUGUCCUCGGGUACUGUGAUGAAUUCUCUGGUGUUCUUGAAUAUCUUCGGCAUUAUGUGGUGAAUUCUCCAGAAUUUGUUCUCAGGCACUGUGAUGAAUUCUCUGGUAUCUUUGAAUAUCUUUGGAGUUGUGUAGUGAAUUCUCCGGUAUUUGUUCUUGGCACUAUGAUAAAUUCUCUGGUGUUCUUGAAUACCUUCGGCAUUGUGUGGUGA